GCCCUUUUUGUACCUCACAUCCAACACUCGAAUAAAAUGUCUCCGAUUCAACCAACUCGCCGUCUUCUCAUCUUCCAAGAGACGCGCAAUCCACUAAACACCGCGGAAGUGGCCUACCUUCCCGUCAACAAAUUGGGCCUACCGAUUUGUGGCAAUGGACCUGAUCUGCCAUCAAUUUUGGAACUACCACUUCAUAUUUUGAAGGUCUUUACAGAAAUUUUCAAUCAGCCAAAAUAUAAGGGGUGGGCCAUCCUCUCAGCAGGUCGUUAUCACGACACCUCAGAAGAAGGCAAAUUCUACGCCGUCGUACUGGAGCAAACCCCCCUACCGGGUCAAGUGCAAGAUCACGGCAUGAGAGACUCGGGGACGUUUUCGCCAUAA